GGUCAGAUCUGGCUGGUUCGUGACGUCACGUGACAGCCCAGCGACUUGUGGUGGCGGAACAGAGGAGGAACACUCGCGGCUCUUGUCUGUCUGGGACGCCCCCCCCCCCCUAAAAAAAGCUCCGUUGCUUCGGCUUCCCGCGGUCCGGACGACCAUGGACCCGCCCGCCCGCCGCUCCCGCCGCUGAGGGGGACCGUUGGAUGCUCCAGUGGCCGUCGAGGAGGAGGAGGAGGUGGAGGAGGAGGAGGGGGGCAUCCCCGUCAAUCUCCCGCCGCCAGGCUGAGUCAACAUCGCAGCGUCUGAACGCCGCCGGAGGAGGAGGAGAAGGAGGAGAGGAGGAGGACACUGUCACAGGUGUCGAGGAGAGACAGACCAGGACGUCUGAAGGGGUCGGGCCACAGUGGGCGGAGUCUGUUCGGAGGUCGGGCAGCCACACCCCCACUCAUCCUGGGCGACGCUGAGACGCCACCAUGAGCGACCAGAACGUGGUCAAGGAAGGCUGGGUCCAAAAACGAGGCGAAUACAUCAAGAACUGGCGUCCUCGCUACUUCCUGCUGAAGACGGACGGCUCCUUCAUCGGCUACAAGGACAAGCCGCAGGACUCGGACCUGGCGUACCCGCUCAACAACUUCUCUGUAGCAAAAUGUCAGCUGAUGAAAACCGAGCGUCCCAAACCAAACACCUUCAUCAUCCGCUGCCUGCAGUGGACCACCGUCAUCGAGAGAACUUUCCACGUGGACACGCCCGACGAGAGGGACGAGUGGGCGGAGGCCAUCCAGACGGUGGCCGACUCUCUGGCCAAGCAGGAGGAGGAGGGCAUCCUCAGCAGCCCCACCUCCAAUAUUGAGAACGUCAACGAGGAGGAGAUGGACACCUCCAUCAGCCACUACAAACGCAAGACCAUGAACGACUUCGACUAUCUCAAGCUUCUGGGCAAAGGAACAUUCGGCAAAGUCAUCCUGGUGCGCGAGAAGGCCAGCGGCACGUACUACGCCAUGAAGAUCCUGAAGAAGGAAGUCAUCAUCGCCAAGGAUGAAGUGGCUCACACGCUCACGGAAAGUCGGGUGUUGAAAAACACGCGGCAUCCCUUCCUGACCUCCCUCAAGUACUCCUUCCAGACCAAGGACCGCCUCUGCUUCGUCAUGGAAUACGUCAACGGAGGAGAGUUGUUUUUCCACCUGUCAAGAGAACGAGUCUUCUCCGAGGACCGCACGCGCUUCUACGGCGGCGAGAUCGUCUCGGCGCUGGACUACCUGCAUUCCGCCAAGAUCGUGUACCGGGACCUGAAGCUGGAGAACCUGAUGUUGGACAAAGACGGACACAUCAAGAUCACGGACUUCGGCCUCUGCAAGGAAGGCAUCACGGACACGGCCACCAUGAAGACCUUCUGCGGCACGCCCGAGUACUUGGCGCCCGAGGUGCUGGAGGACAACGACUACGGGCGGGCGGUGGACUGGUGGGGUCUGGGCGUGGUCACGUACGAGAUGAUGUGUGGCCGCCUGCCCUUCUACAACCAGGACCACGAGAAACUCUUUGAGCUCAUCCUCAUGGAGGAGAUCAAGUUCCCGCGCACGCUGUCGGCCGACGCCAAGUCGCUGCUGUCGGGUCUGCUCAUCAAGGACCCCAACAAGCGGCUGGGCGGAGGACCGGAGGACGCCAAGGAGAUCAUGCGACACAGUUUCUUUGGCACCGUGGACUGGCAGGACGUCUACGACAAGAAGAUGGUUCCACCCUUCCAGCCGCAGGUGUCCUCGGAGACGGACACACGCUACUUUGACGAGGAGUUCACCGCACAGACCAUCACCAUCACUCCACCGGAGAAAUAUGACGAGGACGGGAUGGACGCGGCCGACAACGAGCGGAGGCCUCACUUCCCGCAGUUCUCCUACUCGGCCAGCGGGCGGGAGUGAGCGUGGCCCGCCUGCGGCGGCGGCGGCAACCAUUUUGAGGAAACCACGUAGCCAUUUUAGGAAAAACAAAUACCAGUCUGUCCUCUCUGUGGUCCUCCCGGCGCACGGGGGCAAGUCUGGCUGGGACUCCAGGAGGUUUUUGCACAGUGGCCGCGCGUCCACACUAAAGAUGAGUCUGCCACACCUUUUCUCUUAUUUAUUUUUCUCCCCGUCAGUAUUACCUUCACCUCGCUUCUUCUCGCCAUCUUUUUUUUUUUUUUUUGCACUCGCUUCUGGGAGAGCCGCUUUUAGGGAACUAAGGACCGAAACACGAUGCCUUACGUCGCCGCUUUCACCUCCGGCACGGCCUCCCGGCUCACCUGAAACCAAACCUGGGUCUCCUUCUCCUCCUCCGGUCGCCGCGGCAACGCACCUUCCCGGAUGGCCACGGGGCAGGAAAAGCCCGCCGCGUUCUGACCCGGUCUUCUGGUUAGAACACACACACACACACACACACACACACACACACACACACACACUCUCUAAGUUUCCACGCGGCCGGCGAGCGAGAAACGCCGUGGACGUUGGCGGCUAAACCAGGAAAAGCAGGCCUCCUUCAAAAUAAGAGCAUGACGGGUGGAAAGAGGCGAGGAGUCUCCGUGUACAUAUUUCAGAUUUAUGCAAUACGCACUCACGGCGGGGGAGGGGAAGGUCCACAUUCCGCGCGCAGCGCUCAAAGACUUCAGAUCUUCUCCGCGUCCUUUUCUACUCGGCGUCUCUGCCGUCGCCAUGGAGACAGACGUCCGCCCCUCCCUCGCCCGCCCUUCUGUUGCCAUGGUUCCCGCUAGCGACUCAUCGUUCUUUGUUCACCGUAAGAACUUUUUUUGUUUGUUUUUUUUUGUCGUCGUCGUUUUGCUGGUUCGGUCCCCCCCCCCCCACCACGUCCUCUUCUGGCCCCGCCCCCUUUCUUCUUCUGGUCCUCCUUUUCAGGCAGCGUUAACUCCCACCUGGCUGGAGGACCGUGAUGGAUGCAUUAACGGAAGUCUUUUUAUUUCUUUUUUUCUCGAUUCUUUGCUUGUUUUCUUACCAAAAGAUUAGGGCAAGAUCCUUUGCUGUGCUAGUAUUUAUUUUCAAGGAAAUUAAAACAAAUACAUUUCA